CCCGCCCGCCCGCCGCGCUCCCGCGGCCCGGCGCAGCCCCAGGCCGCCGAGGGACGGCGGGGCCGGCGCCAUGGCCGAGCGGGGCCGCCUCGGCCUGCCCGGCGCGCCCGGAGCGCUCAACACCCCGGUGCCCAUGAACCUGUUCGCCACCUGGGAGGUGGACGGCUCCAGCCCCAGCUGCGUGCCCAGGUUGUGUAGCUUGACCCUGAAGAAACUUGCAGUGCUUCGGGAGCUGGAGAAGGAGCUCCUGUCUGUGGUGAUUGCUGUCAAGAUGCAGGGUUCCAAACGCGUCCUGAGGUCGCAUGAGAUUGUGCUGCCCCCCAGUGGACAGGUGGAAACUGACCUGGCUCUGACCUUCUCUCUCCAGUACCCCCAUUUCCUGAAGAGAGAAGGCAACAAGCUCCAGAUCAUGCUUCAGCGCAGAAAGCGGUACAAGAACCGAACAAUCCUGGGCUAUAAAACGCUGGCUGCGGGUUCCAUCAACAUGGCCGAGGUGAUGCAGCACCCCUCCGAGGGUGGCCAGGUGCUGAACCUCUGCAGCAGCAUCAAAGAGGCCUCUGUCAAGGUGGCUGAGAUCUGGAUCGUCUCCCUGUCCAGCCAGCCCAUUGACCAUGAGGAUAGUGCAAUGCAGGCUGGCCCCAAGGCCAAGUCCACAGAUAACUACUCUGAGGAGGAGUAUGAGAGCUUUUCCUCUGAGCAAGAAGCCAGCGACGAUGCUGUCCAGGGGCAGGAUCUUGAUGAGGAUGACUUUGAUGUGGGAAAACCCAAGAAGCAGCGGCGCUCGAUAGUAAGAACGACGUCCAUGACCAGGCAGCAGAACUUCAAACAGAAGGUGGUGGCCCUGCUGCGCAGGUUCAAGGUGUCAGAGGAGGUCUUAGAUUCGGAGCAGGACCCUGCAGAACAUGUUCCUGAGGUGGAGGAGGACCUGGAUCUUCUGUAUGACACUCUGGAUGUGGAUAACCCCAGUGACAGUGGCCCUGAUAUGGACGACGAUGACAGUGUCCUUAGCACCCCCAAACCCAAGCUUAGGCCAUACUUCGAAGGCCUGUCACACUCCAGCUCACAGACAGAGAUAGGGAGUAUCCACAGUGCCCGGAGCCACAGGGAACCUCCAAGCCCGGCUGAUGUCCCUGAGAAGAUGAGGUCCCUGGGAGGACAGCAGCCAAGUGACAGCAUCUCUGACACGGUAGCCCUUGUGGGUGCAUAUGGCUUCUUCUCAAUCCGUCAGAGUUCGCCAGCCCCCCGGGAGCCAUCAGGGCAACCUGAGGACAGUCCAGAGGCUGAGACCUCUACCCUGGAUGUGUUCACCGAGAAGCUGCCACCCAGCGGGAGAAUCACCAAGACUGAGUCUCUUGUCAUCCCCUCCACCAGGUCAGAGGCAAAGCCGGCAGGCCGCAGGGGCCGGAGCACAUCCCUGAAGGAGCGGCAGCCAGCUCGACCGCAGAAUGAGCGGGCCAACAGCCUAGACAAUGAGCGUUGUCCGGACACAAGGAGCCAACUGCAGAUUCCCAGGAAAACGGUGUAUGACCAACUGAACCACAUCCUCGUCUCUGAUGACCAACUCCCUGAGAAUAUCAUUCUUGUUAACACCUCAGACUGGCAGGGACAGUUCCUCUCAGAUGUCCUGCAGAAGCAUACACUUCCUGUGGUGUGCACGUGCUCUGCUGCUGACGUGCAGGCCGCCUUCAGCACCAUUGUCUCGCGGAUACAGCGAUACUGCAACUGCAAUUCUCAGCCACCAACCCCUGUGAAGAUCGCAGUGGCAGGGACACAGCAUUACCUCAGCGCCAUCCUGCGGCUCUUCGUGGAGCAGCUGUCUCACAAGACGCCUGACUGGCUGGGCUACAUGCGCUUCCUCAUCAUCCCGCUCGGCUCCCACCCUGUGGCCAGGUACCUGGGCUCUGUGGACUACCGCUACAACAACUUCUUCCAGGAUCUGGCCUGGAGAGACCUGUUCAACAAACUGGAAGCCCAGAGCAGUGUGCAGGACACACCAGACAUCGUGUCACGCAUCACCCAGUACAUCUCAGGGGCCAACUGUGCUCACCAGCUCCCCAUCGCAGAGGCUAUGCUGACCUACAAGCAGAAGAGGAAAAAGCACUUUCACUUUGACUUUACCCUGAGCCCUGAUGAAGAAUCCUCUCAGAGGUUCAUUCCCUUUGUUGGGGUUGUGAAGGUUGGAAUUGUGGAACCAUCUUCAGCCACAUCAGGAGACUCAGACGAUGCGGCCCCCUCGGGCUCCGGUGUGCUGUCUUCCACUCCACCAUCUGUGUCUACAUCUCCUGCGGCCAAGGAGGCUUCACCUACCCCGCCCUCCUCUCCUUCAGUGAGUGGAAGCCUGUCCUCCCCCAGCCAGGGCAUCGGCGCUGAGCUCAUGGGGCUACAGGUGGACUACUGGACGGCAGCGCCGCCUGCAGACAGGAAGAGAGAUGCCGAGAAGAAGGACCUGCCCACCACCAAAAACACGCUCAAGUGCACUUUCCGGUCCCUCCAGGUCAGCAGGCUGCCCAGCAGCGGUGAGGCUGCGGCCACACCUACCAUGUCCAUGACCGUGGUCACCAAGGAGAAGAACAAGAAGGUGAUGUUUUUGCCCAAGAAAACCAAGGAUAAGGAUGUGGAAUCUAAAAGCCAGUGCAUCGAAGGCAUCAGCCGGCUCAUCUGCACAGCUAAACACCAACAGAACAUGCUUCGGGUCCUCAUCGAUGGUGUGGAAUGCAGCGAUGUCAAGUUCUUCCAGCUGGCUGCCCAGUGGUCUUCCCAUGUGAAGCAUUUCCCUAUCUGCAUCUUUGGACACUCCAAGGCCACCUUCUAGCCCCACCCACGGAAGGGCUGACACAGGACAGUGGAGGGUCCUGCUCAGUGUCAACCAUUGGUGGAGAGACAGAUGUGUUUCUGUUAACGUGUGGUUACUACAGAGACAGACUCUUAAAAACACAAAGAAAUGGUCUUAAGUGUGAAUGUGCUCAUAGCCCAGAAACUGGGGAAGCUAGUUCCCCGUGGGCCACCGAGUAACUGCUCUGCUUAUUAACCAGAAUAUGUGGGCACUAGAGAGGCUAGUAGGAAGGGAGGUGGACUCUGAUCUCAGAAGUGUUCUUGCCCUUGUGUCCUGUGCUUUCCUGAAGUCAGGAUGCUGCUUUCUCGGGGGGUGGAGAGAGGGAGUCUAGUGGCCAAACACUGAGGGCAAAGGGUUUGGUCUCCUAGCACUCCCCAGGUGUGGUUCCCAAUAAACUCCAGCCUCAUGGCGGAGCUUUUAUAGUAGCAGAUCUUUCUAAUGCUCUCAGAUACAUUUGACGAUGGAGCUGCCAAGCAGAUGUUGCUCUUGUGAAGUCCCCUUGGGCGGGGCAGAGCCAGCAGGCGCUGCAUCCCCCCCCCCUCUCCUCCCCCCCCCCCCCGGGCUCCACUUCCAGAGGCACUGCUAGGCUUCUGCGGAUCCUGCUGCUCAGAUAGGUGGUCCUUGCAAAUUUCCCAGUGUAUGUCCUGGGAAUGGCAGACCCUGCUGGGGUGUGUCUGAGACUGCUCUACCAUACCUGCCACCUCUAUUCUGCCUGCUGGACAGCGUCAUCCAGGGCUGGCUGUGUGGGGUCUGGGUUGAAAAUCAAGGUUAUGAACUGGAAACAGACAACUAGAGGUGUGUGUGUGCAUUUGUGUGCGCGCAAGCGUGUGUGUGUGUGUGUGUGUGUGUGUGUGUGUGUGUGUGUGUGGAGUGAAGGCUCAAGCAGACUGGUCUAACUACAGACACUAUCCAAGGGACGUCCAAGCCAAGUUCUUCAAAGCCACCUGAACCCCAUUCUUGGCAGUCCAAUCCUCCAUCAUCUUCCCACUCAGUAGGAGAGGGAGGUGCUAGCCUACAGAAAGAACCAUCUGACUGGACAUGCCCCCACCAUAUUCAUGAAGGGACCGCUGCCUCGGUCCUCAUUUUCUCACGAAUCCUUUCUCCCUGGGGUGCCAAUUGGAAGGGUGCCUGCCCCCUUGGAAGCUGUGGCAGUCCCCGGCACUCCAGAGGUCCAUUUGGGAGCUCUAUGUUUGGUGUCUUGACCUUGAGAACUUCUAAGAGUGGAGCAGGCUGAGUGUGAGGACUACUUGCCUUUCCUGGGGUGAAAGAUGGCCACUGUGAUCCUUGGAGCUUGGCUUAUCUGCCCCUUGAAUUUCUUCCCAAACAUCAACCUUGGUAGGGAAGAUUUGCCCUAGAAUUCUAGCCUGGAGGACAUGGGAGGGGUGGCCAAGCCCAUGCCUGAGGGAGGUCUGGCUUUAUACAAGAGGAACGUGGGGCGCCUCCGUCCAGCAGCUGACUCAAGGCGAAGUCAGUAGAGCAUAGCACCUGAGUACCAUGUACCCACCAGCGUAGCUGUGCCAGUGCAGACCGAGAAGCAGUCACCCCUGUGCCUCAGUUCCCUCGCUGGUUAAAGAGAGACGUCCACUUUCCUUGCCUACCUCAUGGAGCUGUGAUGAGGACUCCUAGAGAAGCACUUUUGUCCCUUUGAAGGAUGACUAGACACCAAAGCCCCCUGACAGGCAGUGCAGCUCUGGGGACAGCUGUGUGUGGAUCCCACAGGCCUUCCUAGCCCGGAGGUUCCUCUUAGGCCAGUGUGGAUGGGUGGGAAGGCUCCACUGCCCUUCCUGUCAGUUGAGGGCCCUGCCUCUCUACCUUCAAGUUGGUCCCUGCCACUCCCAACCCCCCCAGAAUGCAGCUUAGUAUCACUGAAUGGUAUCAGAGCUGAGAGGGGAGGGGUGGUCCUCGGCUCCUGUGCAAUGGCUUGACCUAGCAGGCCUCACUUCUGCCUCUACCCUCCAUCUCAAAUGAAUUUCUUAUACAAAUGUCCCGGCAUUUCUUCCCUGAGCCAGAGUACCGAACCCUCACUUGCCCCCCAAAUCCCCACGCCCUCCGGAGACUGCUCUGUCCUGGAGAGGGUCCAGCAGAGGCUGACAGCCUUGUGUGAGAAUGACUCCGUCCACUUCCGAAGACUCCAGCGCGCUGUGACUGAUUUCUAGGGUGUGUGUAUGUGUUGCUAGUUUUGUUUUUGUUUUUUUUUUUUUUUAAUGGAAAGCAGGAUUCAUGUAAAUAGCUUUUCUGGGAGCAGAUGCUGAUCUGUCCCAUGCGACCAUGUGGACGAUUUCAAGGUGCUGAAGCGACACUAAUAAACUGACGGCGCUCAGGCCGCCCACUGCUGUGA